CCUAGAAAAAAAGAGAGUUGACCCGUACAAUACUAAGUCUAUGAAUCAAUCUCUUUUGUCUUCAUAUAAUUAAAACCACACGUUAACUUGUUAAACAUAAGACUAUUUAAUAUGGUUCCAUCCUUGAUCCUUCCAUAAACAUAGAUUCCUCUAUAUUCAGCCCCGGCUAUCAGAUCGUCUUCUUUAUCGCUCCUCUAAUUAUAUUCAUCUCGAGAGACGAGAGCUAAAGAACUACUUCCAAAAAAAUGCCGAUUGCUGAGCUUGCUGUAAUCAAAACAGUGGGUGGGCCUCUGAUAGCGGCUGCUCUUGGAGUUGGAGCCCAAGUCAUUUACGACGGCUUCAGAAAAGGAAAAGAUACAUCUAUCAUAAACCGUCUCGGCCGUACAAUGGAAAGUAUCAGUCCGGUGCGGGAUCGAAUCGGUAAGCUCAGUAAUGUGGAAGGUAAACCAUUUAGGGAAGUCCACGAAAGUCUUACGCGUCUCCUUGAAGAUGCGAAAUCUAUUAUUGAGAAAUAUUGGAAACUCAGAUGGAGCAGACACGUUUGCAGGAAGUACAGGUACAUCAAAAAACUCGAAUCGAUAGAACUUGAAUUAGUAAGGGUAGCACGUGAGAUACAAGUCCACCAAUGGACCGAUAUCAAAGAAAUGAAGGCGAUACAAGUCCACCAAUGGACCGAUAUCAAAGAAAUGAAGGCGAUACAAGUCGACCAAUGGACCGAUAUCAAAGAAAUGAAGGCGAUACAAGUCGACCAAUGGAUCGAUAUCAAAGAAAUGAAGGCGAUACAAGUCGACCAAUGGACCGAUAUCAAAGAAAUGAAGGCCCAGAUAUCUGAAAAGCAUAAUAAAUGAAUCAAUAUCUAAAAUCUGGUGUUUUUCUCUCUUUCUUCUUCCCAACAAUGAUUGAAAAACUCUUUCUUGUUAUGAAUAAAGAUGGAUGCCCAUUAUAAGGCCCAUCAUCUAAGCCCAUCAUCUAGAUGUUUCUAGGGUUUUACCCUUUCCUUGUACUCCUAUAUAAAGAACCCUUUAUCUCAAUGGAAUAACACACUCAUUUCUUCUA